AUGGCUGUUGGUGCAAAGACGGACCAUGUCGAUGUUCUCAUCGUUGGAGCCGGACCUGCCGGUCUCAUGAUGGCAACAUGGCUCGCCAAAUGCGGCAUCAAAACUCGCAUCGUCGACAAGAGAGGAACAAAGGUCUUCAAUGGUCAAGCUGACGGUCUUCAAUGCCGAACACUUGAGAUCUUCGACUCCUUCGGCUUUGCGCACCGAGCUUGGAUUGAAUCUAAUCACAUGCUCGAAAUCUCCCUUUGGAACCCUGAUGAGAAGGGUGUUCUUCGUCGAAGCUCAAGGAUUGCCGACACCAUUCCUGGCAUCAGUCGCUUCCAACAGGUUGUUCUUCAUCAGGGUCGCAUUGAGAGAUUCUUCCUGGAUGCUAUCAACGACUUCAGUCAGGGAAAGGUUUCAGUUGAGCGGGGUGUCAUGCCAACAAGCCUGGAGAUUGAUCCCAAGGUUGUUGAAGACCCAGAUGCUUACCCCAUCACUGUCAACCUUCGACAUCUCAGUGAGGAGGAGGCUCAGCCAAAGCAAACUUCAACAUCUGCCAACGGGACUACUGUUCAGGACGGUCUGUUCCGCAGCAACCUUUCACCAGAUGACACCGCCGAUAUGCUCAAAGCAGCCGAAUUGAAUGACAAAGCCGACACUGUUGAAGUAGUAAAGGCGAAGUACAUGCUUGGUGCCGACGGCGCUCACUCCUGGGUCCGAAAGGAGCUCGGCUUCAAGCUUGAGGGUGAAUCAACCGAUUACAUCUGGGGUGUUCUUGACAUCGUGCCCAUCACUGAUUUCCCUGAUAUCCGACAACGCUGUGCGAUUCACUCAGCGAAUUCGGGUAGUGUCAUGGUCAUUCCGAGAGAGAACAAGUUGGUCAGACUCUACAUCCAGCUUACGACAACGGCGAAGAUUGGGGAGCAGGAUUCAAGAGCUGAUCGGUCAUGGAUCACACCUGAUGUCAUCCUUGAGUCUGCUCAGAAGAUUCUUGCUCCUUAUAAAUUGACGUAUCGCAAGUUGGAUUGGUGGACAGCUUAUCAGAUCGGACAGCGCGUCGGGUCCAACUUCUCGGCUUACGACCGGGUUUUCCUCGCUGGCGAUGCCGUCCACACUCACAGCCCCAAGGCUGGUCAGGGUAUGAAUGUCAGCAUGCAAGAUUCUUUCAAUCUCGGUUGGAAAGUCGCCAACGUUGUCAAGGGCCUUGCUAGCCGGUCGAUACUCAAGACUUACGAGACUGAGAGAAAGGGCAUUGCCAAAGCUCUUAUCGACUUCGAUCACAAGUUCUCUCGUCUCUUUUCUGGCCGUCCAGCGAAGGAUAUCAUGGACGAAGAGGGCAUCAGUAUGGAUGAGUUCCGUGAAGCGUUUGAGAAGGGCAAUUUGUUCGCCAGUGGAAUUGCUGUGGACUAUGGUCAAAGCAACAUUGUCGCUAAACCUACUUCUGAUGAUUCUGGCCUGAAGGACAUCGCUGCCAAGAGGCAGGGUUUGGCCCCUGAAAUCAAGCUCGGCAUGCGCAUGCCCAGCGUCAAAGUUUUGAACCAAUCCGACGCUAGACCCUGGCAUCUGCAAGAGCUUCUCCGAAGCAAUGGAUCAUGGAGACUUCUAAUCUUCCCCGGAGAUAUCGAUCUCGACCGCCAGAACAAACGAAUGAAGUCACUGUGCGACAAGCUGUCAGCUGACUCCUCAUUCCUCAAGCGCUUCACACCGGCCUCAGCUCGAUACGAUUCCGUCAUUGAAGUGAUCACGGUGCACGCCUCGAAACGUCAGGACCACGAGAUCUUUGACUUCCCAGAGGUUCUCCGACCAUAUCACGAGGUUGAUGGUUGGGAUUACAACAAGAUCUUUGUGGAUGAUGAGUCUUAUCAUGAGGGACAUGGAAAGCUGUACGAGACGUUUGGUAUUAAGCCUGACCAGGGCUGUGCGGUUAUCUUGCGGCCUGAUCAGUAUGUGUCUUAUGUGGGAGAGCUUGAUGAUUAUGAUUCACUUGAUGGCUUCUUUUCAGAGUUUAUGAUAAAGCAGGAGGCUCUAUGA